GGGGAUUGGCAGGCCGGGGCGCCCGUCUGGAGCCCUCCGCUCUCCCGCCCGGCCAUUGGCUGCGGAGCCGCGCCCGGGCGGGGCCUCGCGCCGUUACCCAGCGGUGCCUUGCGCGGGGCCCAGGCCUGGCCGCGCCGUGGGCGGGAUGGCGGUGGCGGUGCGCGCGCUGCAGGAGCAGCUGGAGAAGGCCAAGGAGAGCCUCAAGCACGUGGACGAGAACAUCCGCAAGCUCACGGGACGGGACCCCAAUGAUGUGAGGCCCCCCCAAAACAGACUGCUGGCCAUCACAGGCCCCGGUGGAGGUAGAGGGCGCGGGAGCUUACUGCUGAGGCGUGGAUUCUCGGAUAGUGGAGGAGGACCCCCAGCCAAACAGAGGGAUCUCGAAGGGGCAACCAGUAGGCUGGGUGGAGAACGUCGGACAAGAAGAGAAUCACGCCAAGAAAGCGACGCAGAAGAUGAUGAUAUUAAAAAGCCAGCGUUGCCAUCUUCUGUUGUUGCUACCUCCAAAGAACGAACACGUCGAGACCUUAUACAAGAUCAAAAUAUGGAUGAGAAAGGAAAAGCAAGGAAUCGACGUAUAUUUGGCUUGUUGAUGGGCACUCUUCAAAAAUUUAAGCAGGAGUCCACAAUUGCUACUGAGGGGCAAAAGAGACGACAAGAAAUUGAACAAAAGCUUGAAGUGCAAGCAGAGGAAGAAAGAAAGCAAGUUGAAAAUGAAAGGCGAGAACUCUUUGAAGAAAGACGUGCUAAACAGACAGAGCUGCGGUUACUGGAGCAAAAGGUUGAGCUUGCGCAGUUGCAAGAAGAAUGGAAUGAACAUAAUGCUAAAAUAAUUAAAUACAUAAGAACAAAGACAAAACCCCACUUAUUCUACAUACCUGGCAGAAUGUGUCCUGCUACGCAGAAGUUGAUGGAAGAGUCACAGAAAAAGAUGAAUGCACUCUUUGAAAGCAGGCGAAAUGAAUUUGCAGAGCAGAUUAACAAAAUGGAGGCCAGACCCAGAAGACAAUCUGUGAAGGAAAAAGAACAUCAGGAGGUGCAGAAUGAAGAAAAGAAGGAAGAACAGAACAAGGAGCAGGAAGAGGGUAAGGUGGCUCAGCAGGUGGAAGAGAUGGAGACAGGUAAUCAGCACAAUGAUGUAGAAAUGGAGGAGGUAGGGGAGGAAAAGGGAAAAACAGGUUCAGGGCAUAGUGAUGCAGAGAAAGAACAGGAAGAGGAUGAACAGAAACAUGAAAUGGAGGUUAAAGUAGAAGAGACUACCAAGGUGAGGGAGAAUGACAAGCAGCAGGAUAGUCAGCAUGAAGAGGUCACAGUUGCAAAAGAGGAAGGUGAAAACAUUCAGCCAGUGGAUAAUGAACAGGAUGUGGCUGAAAUGAAUGAGGCAGAUAGCGUAGAACCUGUAGAAAAUGAAAAUGGCAAAGAAGCAGAACCAGAAACAGAGUGUGAUGCUCAGCCAGAACAAGUGUGUGAUGUUCCUUCUCCCAAGAAGGAGAAAGCUUCUAUUUCUGGUUUGAUACCUGAACCUGAAGGAAAGCAGGAGAAGGCACCUGAAGCUCAGGCAGAACCUGUGGCUGAGACUUUAUCUCAGCCACAGUCUGUGCCACUGCCACAGUCACCUCAGUUGUCUCAGUCCACUCAGGAUACAGAGCCCCAAGCAGACAAGGAUGAAAGUGCUGUGGUAUCCGUAAAGGUGAUUGAGGCACAGACAGAGCAGAGUCAGACACUGAGUGUAGAAAUUAAGAGUAAGACUAGGAGUAGAAGCAGGGGUAGGGCGGGGAACAAAACUGGUAAGAAUCAUAGCCGUAGUAGCAGCAGCAGUAGUAGCAGUAGCACUUCCAGCAGUACAAGUACUGGAAGUAGUUCCAGCACCGGCAGCACUAGCAGCCGGAGUAGUUCCACCAGCAGCAGCACUACAAGUGGAAGUACUACCAGGGGCAGUAGCAGCAGUAGCUCUAGCAGUAGUGAAAGUAGAAGUCGAAGCCGAGGAAGAGGGCAUAACAGAGAUAGAAAACGCAGAAGGAGCGCAGAUAGGAAGCGAAGGGAUGCUUCAGGAGCAGAUAGAAGUCACAAGUCCUCAAAAGGUGGGACUAGAGAUACUAAAAGCUCAAAGGAUAAAAGCUCAAGAUCUGACAGAAAGAGGUCAAUAUCAGAAAGUAGUCGGUCAGGCAAGAGAACUUCACGGAGUGAAAGAGACCGUAAAUCAGACAGGAAAGACAAAAGGCGUUAACAGAAGAGACCAAGCUUCCUUAGCCUAAUCUUUGCAGCAGAAGAUUAUUUGAGUGGAAGGAUUCCUUGUAAGGAGGAGGAGAAGGCUGCCUUAAGAAUUGCAUGCUGUAAAAAAUCUUUUGAAAAAAUGCAGACUGUUUACCAGGCAUUCUUGUACUUUUUACAUAAUUUUGUAAAAGGUUACUUACCAAUAUUAUGUGAAGAUCCCGAAAAUGUAAAAAUAAAAGAUUAACACUCCUUUGCAUCUUUUUUUUUAAAUACCGUGUACUCACUAAGACCCUCUGUAUAUUUUAGUAGGUAAAGUUUUAAGUAAUGUGAUCACUUCUUCUGUAUCGUGUGCUUUUUUUUUUUUGGUAGAAAUAAAUGUACGUUUUAAAUAAAUUGUUUGAGAUGUCCUGUUGACAAUUAAAUUCUCCUUUUAGAUCAUAUGUAGGGAGGCAAUGUUGCAGGAAAGGGAUAAUUUUGCUUUUCCCGCUAUUCCUUGCAAGAACGGGAAUCUUAAGACCCAGAAAAGGGAUUAAUCUCUCCAGUGCUGGGCAGGAAGGGAAAGUAUCCGAUUUGGAUCCAUACCUUUUCUCUUCUGUAAUCACGAGCUCUUAAUCAAUUCUAUCUUCCAGUUUUAUAAACUUUUUCCUAUCCAUAGGCAAGCAGUGAUUAAAUGGGAAUGUUAACUCUGGUCAAGAUAGCUCAAGUCAGUCUGGAAUACCACUCUUUUCUGCCUUCUGCAGGUGCUGUGGUAGUGUGUAUGUACAUCUAUGUUCUGGAGACAGUUAAUCUGUUUAAUGAUGGUCCUUGCUCUGAUGGGCAGUUAUUUUAGUUUCAGACUAAUCUUUGAUCCCUUCAUACCACUAGGAAUAAGUACAUUGCAGUGUUGGCGUUAUCUGGGACUACCUAAUGCUAAUGUAGUGUGCGUGCAAGAAUGCUUUCUGAAUGUAUUUAAUACAACUUAAAGUGGUAUGGUGUUAUCUAUGAAGACAAAUGCU